AUGCAGGUAGCAUUGCCUGAGCAUAGGGAAGACCCCAGGGUAGCUACGUUGAUCCAAGAGAAUGCUCGCCUGAAGGCCGAGCUUCAACAGAUGAGGGCUGACUUUGAGUCGUUCCGCAAAUCUUACUCCUCGCAGGGCGAGAGACAGCAGAUGCCCCCGCCAGGGGAGGCACAGGCGCGCUCGGGUAAACGUAGGGCCUCGCCCCCGCAAGGGGAGUGGGACUCUAUGGAGACUGAGUCCGACACCAAGCUUGAAAUAGCCAUGAAAUACUCAAUCCGACGACACCUCAACGCGACCAAAGUACCGCUUUCCAAUCAAACAUCGUGGGAGAAAGCAGCUGGGCUUUACCAGGCCUGCAUGUCUUUCGCGGUAUCCUCGAGGAACGAGACCACAGAUCUCGCGGCAUGGAUGAUAUCCCUGAACCUGGAUUUCACCAACGAGACAAGAUUGGCGACAGUCAACCCAGUUGAAAUGAUCGUGCGAUGCUCACUCGAUCUGGGAGUCCCGGCUUUAUUCUCCAUUGUUCUACACGAGAACUUCUUCUUUUCGAAGAAGAGAGCGAUAAAGAUUGAGUACAGCACAGCAGAAAAAAAGUGGCUAGAGAAGAACCUCCUGAUUCCGGAAAGUGAAAUCACGCUUGAUUACGCCCUGUUGCUCCGCUGGUAUGGCGUCAACCGCCCUGCUGACUAUCAGCUGGCUUUGAAAAUAUAUGGAUAUGAGAAAGAGCUUAUAGAUAUAGAGAAGACAAAAAUUGCACGUGAUGACAAGCCCCAGCUCAUGGACAUCCGUAGGCUCGGUGUGUACACAACGCCACAUGUGAAUGCAGAGCAAUGGGGCGAAUUUUUUGCCAAGUACACCAACAACACCUAUCAGGGAGUGGACUCAGUCUUCCUUCAAACGCACGUGAUCAACAUGCUUGAGAUGCUGCUCGAGGACAAGUCCGUGGGCGAGAAAGGACUGCGACAUCUGGUGGCCUGGAGCGUCUACACGCAGCUGGUGGAUUACACGAAGCCAUGGUCCCUGGUUGGCCACAAAAAAGCGAGCGAUGCGUGCUACGAACACGUCGGAAGGGCGAUGAAGUUGGCUUUGGUCAGCCCCUACUUGCAGUCGAGUGCGUUUACCACCUUGCUCACUGCACUUAGAUUGAGAGAAUUGUAA